GCAACACUUGAUACAUUACAGGGCUAAUCUCUGGCCCACACUCCAGUACAGUAGGUGGCGGAUAUUCACCUCAAACGUAAGUUGCCACCCGCCAUUAAAAAGAAAAAAAGUCACAUGAUCACGACAAUAUAAUGGCGUAUCGCAUUUAUACCAGAGAUCUAAACCAGGGUCUGUAAUACUUCCAAUUGGAGAACCCGUAACGGCUAACAAAACCCAUUGACGUCUAUUAAAAAAACUAGCAUCCGGUCUCCUUUCCUGCGUUCCGCUGAAGCCAGGGCGUUAGCAUUAGCCGUUACGCUUUUUUUGCCUGAUGGUUGCAGGCUUUCCUUUUAAAAGGGCUUUGUUCAUACUACUACACCCAUUCAGGCAAAAACGAACGUACUCUUUUAGCCCUUACAGAAAUUGAGUAACUAACGUUACGUGAUUUCAGACGCAGCGAUUGAGAUUAUAACACCAGAAAUAGAGGAGGCUGUGAGAACUGCUGGAGAACAAUAUCUUCUUCAAAACAGGUCUGUUCCUCUAAACCACACACAGAUCAAGAUUAAAACACAGAAAUAUUUCCUGUUAUUCUACAAGUGAAGGAGCCACUUCAACAUGACUGAUACAGACACAUGUGGAACGGUGAAUGAACAUACUGAGGAACAAAGAGACCAGAUUGAACUUGAAGAUCCUGACAAAGAAACACUUGCAAUUCAGUUGAGACUUCACACUGGAAAGCCAUACACAUGUAUUCAUUGUGGAAAGGGUUUUACACAGAAGGGAAAUCUUGAAGCGCACAUGAGAGUUCACACCGGAGAGCGUCCAUACACAUGUGCUCUGUGUGGAAAGAGUUUUGGACACAAAAGCAGUUUUGAGAAACACAUGAGAAUUCACACUGGAGAGCGGCCAUACACAUGUCAUGAGUGUGGAAAGGGCUUCAUACAGAAAAGCGGUCUGGAGUACCACUUGAGACUUCACACUGGAGAGCGGCCACACGCAUGUAUUGAGUGUGGAAAGAGUUUCACAAGCGAAAAUAGUAUGAAGAUCCAUAUGAGAGUUCACACUGGAGAGCGUCCAUACACGUGUGUUCAGUGUGGAAAGAGUUUUAGACAGAAAGGCAGUUUUGAGAAUCACAUGAGAAUUCACACUGGAGAGCGGCCAUACACAUGUAUUGAGUGUGGAAAGAGUUACACAAGCGGAAAUAGUAUGAAGAUCCACUUGAGAAUUCACUCUGGAGAGCGUCCAUUCCCAUGUGAUCACUGUGAAAAGAGUUUCACACAUAAAGGCAAUCUUGAGAGACACUUGAGAAUUCACACUGGAGAGCAGCCAUAUACAUGUAUUGAGUGUGGAAUGAGUUUCACAUGUGCAUAUAGUAUGAAGGUCCACAUGAGAGUUCACACUGGGGAGCGGCCAUACGUGUGUGUUUACUGUGGAAAGAGUUUCGGACAGAAAUGCAGUCUUGAGAAUCACGUGAAAACUCACACUGGAGAGCGGCCGUACACAUGCACCGAGUGUGGAAAGGGUUACAUACAAAAACACAAUUUGACGAUGCACAUGAAAAGUCACACUGGGAAAAAGUGCGAAAGUGUUUCACGUGCAAAGGAAGACUUCCAGAAUUACCAGAUUGAACUUGAAGAUCCUGACAAAGAAACACUUGCAAUUCAGUUGAGACUUCACACUGGAAAGCCAUACACAUGUAUUCAUUGUGGAAAGGGUUUUACACAGAAGGGAAAUCUUGAAGCGCACAUGAGAGUUCACACCGGAGAGCGUCCAAACACAUGUGCUCUGUGUGGAAAGAGUUUUGGACACAAAAGCAGUUUUGAGAAACACAUGAGAAUUCACACUGGAGAGCGGCCAUACACAUGUCAUGAGUGUGGAAAGGGCUUCAUACAGAAAAGCGGUCUGGAGUACCACUUGAGACUUCACACUGGAGAGCGGCCACACGCAUGUAUUGAGUGUGGAAAGAGUUUCACAAGCGAAAAUAGUAUGAAGAUCCAAAUGAGAGUUCACACUGGAGAGCGUCCAUACACGUGUGUUCAGUGUGGAAAGAGUUUAAGAAAGAAAGGCAGUUUUGAGAAUCACAUGAGAAUUCACACUGGAGAGCGGCCAUACACAUGUAUUGAGUGUGGAAAGAGUUACACAAGCGGAAAUAGUAUGAAGAUCCACUUGAGAAUUCACUCUGGAGAGCGUCCAUUCCCAUGUGAUCACUGUGAAAAGAGUUUCACACAUAAAGGCAAUCUUGAGAGACACUUGAGAAUUCACACUGGAGAGCAGCCAUAUACAUGUAUUGAGUGUGGAAUGAGUUUCACAUGUGCAUAUAGUAUGAAGGUCCACAUGAGAGUUCACACUGGGGAGCGGCCAUACGUGUGUGUUUACUGUGGAAAGAGUUUCGGACAAAAAUGCAGUCUUGAGAAUCACGUGAAAACUCACACUGGAGAGCGGCCGUACACAUGCACCGAGUGUGGAAAGGGUUACAUACAAAAACACAAUUUGACGAUGCACAUGAAAAGUCACACUGGGAAAAAGUGCGAAAGUGUUUCACGUGCAAAGGAAGACUUCCAGAAUUCAGACUGAUGAGCACAAAAGUGUGUUACAAGAACGUUCCUUUGAGGUUUUUGAAAACGUUUUAAGAACGUUCCCAGCUCACAAAAGUCACCAUCAUGGUGAUCAGUGUUUCCUUGAGUUGGGCUCUUGACCCUUGACUUUACUGUUAAUUUUUUAGGUGUGCUGCAACUGUGUGCUUUAAAAAAUCAUUUUUGGCAGUGCAAAUGAGAAUGUAAUCAAAUGUAAUUGGUUGGUGGUCAUUACGCGGGUCUCCAUCACUCUGGUUUUAUUCGCAUUUUGAAGUUUCGCAUCAGAAGCGGGUGAUGGAAACAGAAAAUUUAGAUUAAAAAUCCCUUAAUUCGUUUUUAAGAUCGCUUGAGGUGGUUUUUCAUUUUUGCAAAAAAGGGUUAAUUCGAAUUAUGGGAGAUGGAAACACAUUUGCAGAAUAAAUUCCUCCAAAAAGUCACGUAGCUGCACUAUGAGACUGCGUAAUCUGACUAACCAGAGUACUGAUCUUGUUACACAGCAUCAGAAAUGUUGUUAUGGUCAUUCUUAAAUGCCUGAGCAAAGACGUCAAGUAUUUCUGUAAUUGCCUCUCAGAACUGUCGCGAGUCACGACUGUGUUUCCCAAACAGCAGACAUCCACAAAAGCACCGCAUUUAUUGUGUUUCAUAAUCGUCUGCUUGCGCAAGUAUUGUUAUGAAAAUUAUUAUAUUCAGUGGCUUCUCUUACUUUCAUUUCUGAUAUUUAUUGGCAGUUUAUUAGGAAGUGACGAUCGACUAGUUGGAUGGAAACUGUGCUUAUUCGCAAAUGCUUUAUGCAAUAUUCCAAUUUUGCGCAUAAACUAAAUUCGCAACUUUGGAUGGAGACCCGGCUAUUGAAAUGACCAUCAUCUUGUAGCUUGGUUCACUGAUCUCAUCUGGAUUGGGUGCUGUGCUGUUGAUCCUGAAAGAACAUAAUAAGGUAACAGAGUUUUAUUGCAUUUUGUUGUCUGGAAAGAUUUGUGAAAACGGGAUGUAAAUAAAAUGUGUUUGCUAGUAAUAUGUGCAUGUUAUAGCUACAAUAAAACAAGUUAUACUAAUACAGUAAUAGUUACUGUCAUGCUUAGUUUUUUAUAAUUUUCGCUUUGUUUCACAGAUGUGCAAUUUUGGUCAUGCUUACAAUAAAAGAAAAUCCAGA